AGUGUCCGGAGCGGGGGUGGACACCGGGAGUGGACACCGGGGGCGGACACCGGGGGUGGACACCGGGGGCGGACACCGGCGAGCAGAGACCGCCGCCGCAGAGUGUUCACUGUGAAGAGGACAGAGGGAGACGUGAUGAGUGUUGCCAUCAAGCUGGGCCUUUAUGUGAAUGGUUAGAAAUACCUGCUUUACAGCCAGUAAGGUGAAGGUUUAUGAGUUUUUGGUAUUGAGAAGAGUGGGAACAAGUCAAUGGCACCCCUUCCACUUGGCAUUCGCUUCAUAACUUCAUUUACACGUGAUCAGUGCUACAGAACGUUUACACUGAUUCUGACCUUCUUGCUGUACACGGCUUAUCAUCUGUCUCGGAAACCAAUCAGCAUUGUCAAGAGUGCCCUGCACAUGAAUUGUUCGUUAGCCAAUGAAGUUGAACUGUACAGCUAUAAAGAACAUUUGAUUCAGGCUAAACUACUGAGAAAUACCUUCUCCAAUGACACUUGGUGCAGCUGGGAGCCUUUUGAUAAAAGUAACUACAAGCAGCUACUGGGAGCCCUGGAUUACUCAUUCCUGUGUGCGUAUGCUGUUGGAAUGUAUGUCAGUGGUAUAAUAGGAGAACGUUUAUCUAUUCGAUUGUACCUCACUUUUGGGAUGUUGAGCAGUGGUGUAUUCACUGCAUUAUUUGGUCUGGGAUACUUCUACAAUAUCCACAAUUUACAGUACUACAUACUUAUUCAGAUUGCUAACGGUUUUGUGCAGACCACUGGCUGGCCCAGUGUUGUGACCUGUAUCGGAAACUGGUUUGGUAAAGGAAAGAGAGGCCUGAUCAUGGGCAUCUGGAAUUCUCACACCUCUGUGGGGAAUAUCCUAGGAUCCCUGAUAGCUGGCUACUGGGUGUCCAGCUGCUGGGGAAUGUCCUUUGUGGUGCCAGGCAUCAUUGUCGCUUCGAUGGGAGUAGUUUGUUUUCUGUUCCUAAUUGAACAUCCACAGGAUGUUAAAUGCACUCUAUCUCGAGCACGGAAACCAUCCAAAUGUUUAACUGAGUGGGUUGGAUUUAAACAGAAGUACCAGUUUUACGAAAACAGUAGAAGUGACUCACAAGGAGAUCCAGAACAGGAAUGUUUUUUGAAGUACAAUGAUCAUCAGCUUCCAGCCAAGCCCAAUGGCUUUCCAACAAACCAUGUUGUUGUCAUCAGCAGUGAGAAAGGACAAACACCAGCAGCAAUUAGCUUCUUUGCAGCCCUGAGAAUCCCGGGAGUGUUGGAGUUUGCCUUGUGUCUCCUGUUUGCCAAGUUAGUCAGUUAUACAUUCCUUUUCUGGCUGCCAAUGUAUCUUGCUAACAAAGAACACUUUGAAGCCAAGAAAGCUGGAGAUCUUUCGACGCUGUUUGAUGUAGGUGGAAUCAUAGGUGGAAUCCUUGCGGGUGUGAUAUCUGAUUACACAAAAAAGAGAGCAACUACUUGUGGAGUGAUGUUGCUGCUGGCUGCACCAACACUCUACGUAUUUUCUGCGGUUGGCUACAUGAGUCUGAAAGCCAUUGUUGUUAUGCUGAUUGGCUGCGGGGCAUUAGUGAAUGGACCAUAUGCACUCAUCACAACUGCAGUGUCUGCUGAUUUGGGCACACACAAGAGUUUAAUGGGAAAUUCCAAAGCUCUGUCCACUGUGACUGCGAUCAUUGAUGGUACUGGCUCCAUUGGUGCUGCUUUAGGACCUCUGUUAGCAGGGCUCAUCUCUCCCACAGGGUGGAACAAUGUUUUUUAUAUGCUGAUGGUUGCAGAUGCCUUUGCUUUUUUGUUACUGAUACGUCUUGUAAUGAGAGAGCUUCGUUUUAAAGGGCCCAAGGCAGAUCAGACUGAGUUGAAGGAGCAUUGACACUCGUAUCUCAGCGACACAUUUCAAAUCUCAGCCACCGGGUUUCUCGUAUCCGUGUCCCGCAGUGCUAUGGAAGAAGCAUAUUUGCACAACACAGGAGCCAGGAAGUGGAAAUGUGGACCUGUGCCUAGACUGCAGUCUGCAGCAUCUGGGGCUCAUUUUCCAAUCUCCGACUGUCUGUUCUUUCAAUUUAAUGCUUUUGAAGCAAACUAUCUGGACCAUUUCUUGUCUGAGCCUAAUUCAGCGUGCCUUAUUUCAUUUAUUUAUGGAGACAAUGGGUGCCUUUUUUUAAAUAUUUACAAAGUAAUUUGCUUAUUUCUGAUGGAAAUGGUGUUAAUGUGGCUGAUGUUGAGUAAAGAUAUAUUUAUUUUGAGCACUUUGGAUUCUGUGGAAUUUAGUAGACAUGUCAAUUUUAAACCUCUGCUUGUCAGGAGCUUAUAGAAUGCCCACCAAUAACCUGGUAAAGUACACUAUGAGGCUAGCCCAGUGAGUGAAGGAGCUUGUGCUGUAGAAUAACCAUUUUAUGUCCAAGACCUGAAUGCCCUCAGAUACUGAAGCUGAACCUUUUCCCUUAUUCGGGCUAACAGAAUGGGCUGACAUUUUCACUUCAUUUACCCACAGCAAAAACAGAAGUUGCUGGAAAAGCUCAGCAGGUCUGGCAAUAUCUGUGGAGAAAAUCAGAGUUAGCAUUCUGGGUCCAGUGAAGGUUCUGUAGAAGGGUCACUGGACUAGAAAUGUUAAAUCUGCUUUCUCUCCACAGAUGCCGUCAGACCUACUAAGCUUUUUCUGCAACUUGGUCAUGUUUCUGAUUUCUAGCAUCUGCAGUUCUUUUGUUUUUUUCCCUCUUUACCCACCUUCCUGAAGCACUGAAUCACCCUUCCAGCUCUAGAAUCCUUCUCACCAAUGAUCAUGUAGCCUUGUUUGCUUUUUGAUCUUGAGACCUCCAGUGUAUAUCUGCUGUUAACAGGUUCACUAUUGCAAUGGGAAUGGCAUUUCACACAGAGUAUAGAAGAGAUUCUGAGAGUGGAUGAAAGUUAGAGAUUAUUGACUCUGUAAUUGAAAGGGUAGCUGCAGCAGAGAGGAUCAAGUAGCUCUCCAUGAUUAUUCGAGCACACAUGCAAUGCAAAUUAUAUUUGUUGUGUGAACGAGAGUUGUCACACAUGCUCAAUCCCUUUGACGAUUCCUGGAAGAUCAAAUUAGAAUUCUAAAUGUUUUAUAACAUUUUUUACAAAAUUCUCAGCUCAGUUGCCCCUGUUAAAGGUGGCUUUAUGUCUCAAUUGUAAGUAUGUGAAAGUGUGUGUCGAUAAAUUUCUAUUAGUAACUGCCCCAGCUUGGGAUGCACAUUGAACCUGGGAAAUGUGUAAGAUUCUGGACGUGACGAGAUUAAUGCACAGAUUAGCAGAGAGGGAGGAUGUGAAUGUUUGAGAGAAAAUUAACGUAACGCAAGUCUGAUAUUAUUGGAGGAACAGAAAGUAAUGUUUGAAAAAGCACUACAAGUAAACAUUCCAUUUCAGACCUGUGCCUAGAGGUCUGAUGAUGAAAGUUGCAAAAAAUUAAAGGAAUGAAAUUGAUUGAGGAACGAACAUUGACUUGAGACAAUGGGAGAACACAUUUCUUUCCAGCAUUAUGAUGAGAAUAGGCCUCACUGGAUGGGUUAUUCUCAGAUUCACUCUUACUCUCACUGGAUAUCUGAUGUGGAGGGGCCAGUGUUGGACCAGGGUGGACAAAGUCAGACGUUGCAUGACACCAGAUUAUAGUCCAACAGGCUUAUUUGAAAUCACAAGCUUUCAGAGCGCAGUUCCUUCAGGAUUUCACCUGAUGAAGAAGCAGCAUUCCGACAUCUCAUGAUUUCAAAUAAACCUGUUGGACUAUAACCUGGUGUCAUGACUUCUGACUUUCUCACUGGAGAGGUUACUUUCAGAUUCACUGUCACUGGGUAGGUUAUUCUCGUUGUCACUGGGCAGGUUAUUCUCACUGUCACUGGGCAGAUUAUUCUCACUGUCACUGGGCAGGUUAUUCUCAUUGUCACUGGGCAGAUUAUUCUCACUGUCACUGGGCAGGUUAUUCUCACUGUCACUGGGCAGAUUAUUCUCACUGUCACUGGGCAGGUUAUUCUCACUGUCACUGGGCAGGUUAUUCUCACUGUCACUGGGCAGAUUAUUCUCACUGUCACUGGGCAGGUUAUUCUCGUUGUCACUGGGCAGGUUAUUCUCAUUGUCACUGGGCAGAUUAUUCUCGUUAUCACUGGGCAGGUUAUUCUCAUUGUCACUGGGCAGAUUAUUCUCACUGUCACUGGGCAGGUUAUUCUCAUUGUCACUGGGCAGGUUAUUCUCGUUAUCACUGGGCAGGUUAUUCUCAUUGUCACUGGGCAGAUUAUUCUCACUGUCACUGAGCAGGUUAUUCUCACUGUCACUGGCAGGUUAUUCUCACUGUCACUGGUCAGGUUAUUCUCAUUGUCACUGGGCAGGUUAUUCUCACUGUCACUGGCAGGUUAUUCUCACUGUCACUGGGCAGAUUAUUCUCAUUGUCACUGGGCAGGUUAUUCUCAGAUUCACUCUCACUAUUAUUCACUCUCAUGAUUUGUUUUUCUUGUUGCUGCACUUGCUACAGUAUGACAGCUGCUAUCUCACUAUAUUUUAUUGACUGAGUUAUUCUAGCUGAUAUUACAUUGGGGAAUUUAUUCAAAUAUACUGCACUGGAGGGGUUCUGUUGUAUGUAGACAGCACUGAGUGGGUUAUAUUCCAGUGUUGACAGCACUGGCUGGUUAUAUACAGGAUAGACUGCAUUAAAUGGGUUAUAUUCCAGUGUUGACAGCACUGGCUGGUUAUAUACAGGAUAGACUGCACUAAAUGGGUUAUAUUCCAGUGUUGACAGCACUGGCUGGUUAUAUACAGGAUAGACUGCACUAAAUGGGUUAUAUUCCAGUGUUGAUGGCACUGGAUGGGUUAUAUUCCAAGUUCAAGUAGACUUAUUAGUGACUGAUAAAUGAGAAACAACACACGUCUGAAAGUGAUUCAAACGAUGACCUGCUGUUACCCUUUUAAGUAAGAACUUAGUGAUAUAAGAUUUUAGAAUGUUAAAGUUAUUACAGGUACACAAUCCUUUAUUCGAAACACUCGGGUCCAGCUGGUUUUUGGAAUUCAGAUUUGUUCAAAUUUCAGAAUAAGUGACAGUUCAGCAGUACAAUUUUUAAAAAAUGUUACCAAACAGCAGACUCACUGUGAGUACUACGGGCUCUGAGACAGACUCGAGGCCUGCCACAUCCACCCAUGUCACAUCUGAGUGCCAUGCAUCGAGUGGGUGUGGAUUAGGUUAACUCAUUGCCUUGUUAAUAAGAAAAAAACUUCACAAAAAGCCUUUGGAUUUUGGAGCUUUUCAGAUUUCGGGAUUUCGGAUAAAGGAUUUUCUACCUGUAUAAUUAAUGGAAAUAUCAGCUCAGUUAGUAAAAACAGAAACAAUGCUUUCUUAAUCACUGGUGCUGCCGGUCUUAUUGAGUAUUUUCAGGAUGUGGAGGUGCAGGUGUUGGACUGGGGUGGACAAGGUUAGAAGUCACACAACAUCAGGUUAUAAUCCAACAGGUUUAUUUGCAAUCCCAAGCUUUCAGAGCGUUUACCUGGAGUCAGGUGAAAUGUCAUCACCUGAUGAAGGGGCAAAGCUGUAAAAGCUUGUGUUCUCCAUUAAACCUGUUGGACUGUAACCUGGUGUCAUGUGACUUCUGACCCAGCAUUUUCAGGAUUUGCUUCUUUAAUAAUGUGCUGUAAUUGGGCUGGAAUUGAAAUUCCGGUGAACUGAAUCUAUAGGUUACUAAAUGAGUCUAUAGAUUACUGAAUCUGUUACUGAAUCUAUAGGUUACUAAAUGAAUCUAUAGAUUACUGAAUCUAUUACUGAAUCUAUAGAUUACUAAAUGAAUCUAUAGAUUACUAAAUGAAUAGUAAACUGCUCACAGCAAAACAGAAGAGACGUCAAUCUGUGCAGUCCAGCAUUACCAGAGGUAUUGGGAUUUUACAUGUUUGCAAUUGGAUUGAGAGAGGAUUUUGGUGAAAGGUUUUGAGCAUUGGGCCAACAAAUAACUAUAAACUUUUUAACAUAAUUUCCUCUUUUUGCAAGGUUUGUGAAGGUUUGUAGCUCAGGUUGAGGUUUAGGGUGUAGGUUUGCUCACUGAGCUGUAGGUUUGAUAUC